UUCAUCCCCAGAUCAGCACGCAUUCUCAUCAUUAAUGAUAAAAGUAACUCAAAUUCAACUUGUUCAUUUCUAAUCCUUUUCACUCAUCAAAUGCUAUUCAUAACACCAUGAAAGAGGUUCCUCUUCUUCUUCUGCUGUUGAUUCUUUACUACCCUUCUUGCCACUCACUUGACACCAUAACACUGAACCAAUCAUUGGAAGACAACGAUGUUUUGGUCUCCAACCCUCGAGGAACCUUUGCACUUGGUUUCUUCACCUUACAGAAAGAUUCUAAAACACGAUACCUUGGUAUAUGGUACAACAAAAUUUCAGAACAAACCAUUGUUUGGGUUGCAAACAGAGAUACUCCUUUGUACAACACUUCCGGUGUUGUCUCCAUCAGCAACGGAAACCUCGUACUCAACAACAACCACCUCAACAACAACAAAAACCUUAAACCUAUUUGGUCUUCCAAUGUUUCUGUUUCACCUUCAUUUGGCAAUGUUUCAGCUAAGCUUUUAGACAAUGGAAACUUUGUUUUGACUCAUAACAAUGGAAAAAACAUUGUAUGGCAGAGUUUUGAUUAUCCAACUAACACUCUACUUCCUUUCAUGAAACUUGGGUUGGACCGGAAAACUGGUUUGAACAGGUUCCUAACAUCUUGGAAGUCUCCCAAUGAUCCAGGAACCGGGAAUUUGACAUACCGGAUCGACCCAACCGGGUUUCCACAGCUGUUUCUAUACAGCAAUAAUAAAGUUCCAGUAUGGAGAACCGGGUCGUGGACGGGUCAAAGAUGGAGCGGAGUACCCGAAAUGACUCCGACUUUUAUCUUCAAUGUUAGUUUUGUUAACAACGUAGAUGAAGUUUUUAUAGAGUAUGGUGUGAAAGAUCCAAGGGUGAUAUCAAGAAUGGUUUUAGAAGACUCGGGUCACGUGAGGAGGCUGACGUGGCAACCAAACGAAAACAGAUGGUUUCAAAUAUGGUUUGGUCCGAAAGAGGAAUGUGAUAAUUUCAAGCAAUGUGGGUUGAACUCGAAUUGUGACCCGUAUAAUGCGGAAAAAUUUGAGUGUGAGUGUUUACCUGGAUUUGAACCAAAGUUUGAGAGGGAAUGGUAUUUGAGAGAUGGGUCGGGUGGGUGUGUGAGGAAGUCGAAUGUGUCCACGUGUCGAAAUGGGGAAGGGUUUGUGAAAGUGGCACGUGUGAAGGUGCCGAAUACUUCAAUGACACGUGUGAAUGAGAGUUUGGGAUUGAAGGAGUGUAGAGAGAUGUGUUUAGGGGAUUGCUCUUGUGUUGCAUUUACAAGUGAAAAUGAGAUGUUGCAAAGUGGGUGUGUUACUUGGCAUGGUGAUUUGGAGGAUACUAGGACUUACACACAAGUUGGACAAGAUUUGUAUGUACGUGUGGAUAAGCAUGAAUUGGCAAUGUAUGCAAAACAUCCGUAUGGUUCUCUUGGCAAAAAGGGAAUGGUGGCACUUUUAGUCGUAGGUACUUGCUUGAUAUUGUUUAUGGGGACCAUUUUGGUGUAUUGGUUUGUAAAAGCAAGGAAAAAAUGGUCAAGAAGGGAUCGCAAGUUUUCCUUUCGUCUUAGCUUUGGUGGUUCUGAUCAACAAGAAUUUGACAGUGCAAACAAUUCAAAUUUACCAUUCUAUGAUCUUAGCUCAGUAGCUGCUGCAACUGACAGUUUUUCAAUUGUUAACAAGCUUGGUGAAGGUGGUUUUGGCUCAGUUUAUAAGGGUAUAUUGAGCAAUGGAAUGGAAAUUGCAGUAAAGAGACUGUCAAAGCAUUCCGGACAAGGCAUAGAAGAGUUUAAAAAUGAGGUUGUUUUGAUUUCAAAACUUCAACACAGAAAUCUUGUGAGGAUCUUAGGUUGCUGCGUUCAAGGAGAAGAGAAGAUGUUAAUCUAUGAGUAUUUGCCUAACAAAAGCUUAGACUUUUUCAUUUUUGAUAAAUCUAAAAGUUCCGAGCUAGACUGGAGAAAGCGGUUUGAUAUUAUCUGUGGUGUCGCUAGAGGGAUCUUAUAUCUUCAUCACGACUCGCGAUUAAGAAUUAUUCAUAGAGACUUAAAGGCCAGCAAUGUCUUGUUGGACACUGCAUUGAACCCAAAAAUUGCAGAUUUUGGUAUGGCUAGAAUGUUUGGUGGAGAUCAAGUUGAAGCAAUUACAAAUCGUGUUGUUGGAACCUAUGGUUAUAUGUCUCCGGAGUAUGCCAUGGAAGGACAAUUUUCGGUGAAGUCUGAUGUAUACAGCUUUGGAGUUUUGCUGCUAGAGAUUAUUACAGGCAAAAAGAACAGUGGUCAAUAUGCAGACGAUGCAUCCACAAAUUUAGUUGGACAUAUAUGGGAUCUAUGGAGAGAAGACAAAGCCAUGGGGAUUGUUGAUCAAUCAUUAGGAGAGUCAUUCUCUGAGCUUGAAGUUCAAAGAUGCAUCCAAAUUGGGCUUUUAUGUGUACAAGAUUUUGCUGUUGACAGACCAUCAAUGUCAGCUGUUGUUUCUAUGUUGGGUAGUGACUCAACUCUUCCCACUCCAAAACAACCAGCAUUCAUUUUCAAGAGAAGCAAUUAUGAGACUUCAAAUCCAUCAACCAGUGAAGGAACUUACUCAGUAAAUGAUGCAAGUAUGACUAUGGUUGAAGCUCGCUAAAGGCCAUGUUUAUUGUAUGAUUCUAGUGUAUUUUACAGGGAUCGUCACUAAGGUUUGAAAUGAUCAUGUAAAUGUUUUACAAGGAGUACUCCCUUAUGUAAGUAACUCAAUAAAGCCACAUCGCUGUAAGCGUGUAUUUGUAUGAAUAAUGUAAAAUCCAGUUAAUAUAAUAGUAUGCUCUUAGAAAUU